CCAAGGAAUCCGAGGACGGCACUUGAGGAGGACGCAAUGCAAUCCAAGGAGCAGCACGCGUUAUGGCUGACUGAACUGGGCCGGGAAUGUGCUGCUGCCCGCUCUCUUCGGCACCUCUGGGAAAAAGGCCUCAAGCAGCUCCACCCGACGUCUCCCAACAACCCACGGCACUCCAUGCCUUCCACGGGCUGCUGGUUCUGUGUUUGCUGGGUGGGGCCAGGGCGAGGAGGAGGCGGAGAAGGAGGUGAAGGCAGCAGAAGAAGGCAGCGGCGGCGCCGCUCCCGCCCCUCCCGGACGCUGCCAGCCGGGAGCCGCUGCCCGGCUGGUCCCGCCCCGCCGGCCGGGAACCUCCCUUUCCGCCGGGAAGGCGACGCAGCGCUGCCCAAGAUGGUGGCGGGAGGGCUGUGUCUGUGUGGGCUCCUCAGAUUGCUGUGCUCAUUGUUACUCCCUGCAUUAUUUCUAAGUGGAAUUUUGUGCAUCUGCUUGGUGGUACUGCUGUGGGGAGUACGGCUCUGGAUACAAAGGAAGAAACAGUUGAGCUCAGCGGGAAGAGAUGGGAAGCGGCCACUGCUGGUGGCCUUUUUUCACCCAUAUUGCAAUGCAGGAGGUGGAGGGGAGAGAGUCUUGUGGUGUGCCAUAAGAACGCUCCAGAAAAAGUACAGAAAUGUAACGUGUGUUGUUUACACUGGUGAUAGAGAUGCCACUGGAGAAGAAAUAGUAGAAGGUGCUUUCAGAAGAUUCAAUAUUAAGUUAAUCCAUCCUGUGAAGUUUGUAUUUCUAGAAAAACGCUUCCUUGUGGAAGCUUCUCUUUAUCCUCACUUCACUUUGCUGGGACAAAGUUUAGGAUCAGUGUUCCUUGGCUGGGAAGCUCUUCUAAAGUGUGCUCCUGAUAUUUAUAUUGACUCAAUGGGUUAUGCCUUCACAAUUCCCCUCUUCAAAUACCUGGGAGGUUGUCGCGUUGGAUGCUACGUCCAUUAUCCCACUAUCAGCACAGAUAUGCUCUCUGUCGUGAGGAACCAGGAUACCAGGUUUAACAAUGCUGCCUUCAUUACAAGCAGCCCUCUCUUCAGCAAAUUUAAACUUGCCUACUACUACUUCUUUGCUUUCAUGUAUGGGUUGGUUGGUUCCUGCAGUGAUGUGGUCAUGGUGAAUUCUUCAUGGACACUGAAUCACAUCCUUUCCCUCUGGAGAGUUGGGGCUUGCACUAGUGUCGUGUAUCCACCAUGCGAUGUUCAGGCUUUCCUGGAUAUUCCGCUGGAAGUGGAAAAGAGCACCAGUGAAUAUUCCAUUGUUUCCAUCAGCCAGUUCAGGCCUGAAAAAGAUCAUCCUCUGCAAAUCAGAGCCUUUGCUAAAUUGCUGAAAGAGAAGAGAGUGGGGCAGCAGCCAUCACUGAAGCUGAUCUUAAUCGGCGGCUGUCGAAACCAGCAAGAUGAAGAGCGUGUAAAUAACUUGAAACUUCUGUGUGAAGAGCUGGGAGUUAGUGAUGAUGUGGUGUUCAGAAUUAACAUUCCCUUUGAGGAGCUGAAGAGACACCUGGCCGAGGCCACCAUCGGCCUGCACACCAUGUGGAAUGAGCACUUUGGAAUAGGAGUAGUUGAAUGUAUGGCAGCUGGCACAGUUAUCCUGGCUCACAAUUCUGGUGGCCCCAAAUUGGACAUUGUGGUACGCCAUGAAGGACGUGUUACAGGCUUCCUGGCAGAAGAUGAGGACAGUUAUGCUGAGACAAUGGCUUACAUCUUUUCUUUGUCUCCUGAGAAAAGACUGGAGAUCAGAGAAAGCGCUCGUCGCUCUGUGCACAGGUUUUCUGACCAGCAUUUUGAAGACACAUUCCUGUUAUCUGUGGAGCCGUUAUUUAAAUAAGUGUAUAGAAGUAAAAAUGAACAUGAGUAAAAUUAACUUUUUAUAUUUGACUGUGUGGCACAUGUAAAUAUAUCUAAGCUAUGAUCCCUUGGUUCCAUUCAAUAAAAAGGUUGUUUUUCUUUCUGUCAA